CGUAUUGUAUAAUUUAGAGGUUGAGUCAAAUCGGAAGUUGAUCGCGUAAUUGGUUUUUAUUUCAGAGAAAUAGGUCGUACAUGUACGAUCAUGUCAGGAUUAUUGAAAAAGUCAACAAACUUAACUGGACUCGCUGUAUCUGUAAAUCCUCGUGUGGAACUUCGUACAUUGUAUGACAGAAUUUUACGGCUCGUGAGUCAGUUGCCACAAGACUAUAUUUACAGGAAAUCUGUCGAAAGUUUGGUUAAGGAAAGGAACGAUAUUAUAUUACAGAAUGAAAGCAUUCCUGUUAUAGAGGAAAAGAUAAACCAGGGACAAGUCGAGGAACUAAUAAUUCAGGCGAAGAACGAACUGAACUUGGUACAGGAUAUGCUUGAGCGCAAGCCAUGGGAAAAAUUGAUGGAAAAUGCUCCUCCGCAUCAGUGGACUUGGCCCCCUCACAAAUAAUUUUAAUUACCUUUCAAAUAUUUGUACAUAGUACUAAGCGAAUAGCUUAUCGGUUAAUGUAAUAGAAUCAUAGAUUAAAUUAUACUUCCACGUA